AUGCCUCUGCUGUCGUCUCAUCCUCGGCUCAUCCCUUGUCCGAAAUCACGAGCGAGAACUAUUGAGUAUUUAGGUUUAAAUCAUUUAUCUCCUUUACAUAUUCAACUUGGGUUUGAAGUCUUAGUUUUGUUCAUUUCUAUCAUUCGGGGCCACGGGCGGCUGGUGGAACCCCCCUCGCGGGCGUCUGCCUGGAGAUUCGGCUUUGAUGUGCCCGUCGACUACAAUGACGACGAGAGCUUCUGUGGGGGGGUCGAGCACCAGUACCAGAACCAGAGCGGGCGCUGCGGCAUCUGCGGCGACGCGUGGGACGAGAACCCGCGGCCGCACGAGGCCGGCGGGAAGUACGCCACCGGGACGAUUGUGCGCACGUACACGGAGGGCCAGACGAUAACCGUGCGCGUCAACGUCACCAGCAACCACGGCGGCCACUUCGAGUUCCGCAUCUGCCCCAACAACGACCCCAGCGUCGAGGCGUCGGACACCUGCCUCGACAAGCACCGUCUGUUAAAGGCCGACGGCUCAGGCUUCAAGCACCAGAUCAGCACCAACACCGGAGAGCAUGCGGUGCAGCUGCAGCUGCCCCAGGGCCUUACGUGCACCCAGUGUGUCAUGCAGUGGCGCUACGUGGCAGGAGACAACUGGGGCGUCUGCGAAAACGGCACCGAAGCGCUCGGAUGCGGACCCCAAGAGGAGUGCCGCGCAUGCGCUGACGUGGCGGUGGUUGCGCAGCCAACACG